GACAAUAUACCACGCGACCAACCGGUUCGGAUGGACGAUAAAGGUCUCGUGCCAUAUAACGAGGCAACAAUUUUGGAAGCGCAACGCUUUGCCAGCUUGAUUCCUUUGGGAAUACCGCAUCAAGCCAUGACCGACACGGUCAUCGGUGGCUACAACGUGCCAAAGGGCACCGUUCUGGUACCCAAUCUGUACAGUAUGCAUCAUGAUCCACGCUAUUGGAAGAAUCCAUAUAAAUUUGACCCCUGCCACUUUUUGGAUACUCACGGAAAAGUAGUCAUUCCUCCAGGUUUUGCACCUUUUCAAGUCGGCAAAAGGUCUUGUCCGGGAGAAGCUCUGGCGAAAAUGGAAUUGUACCUCUUCAUCACGAAUAUCGUUAAAAACUUUGAUUUACUCAAUGCUCCGGGACAAAGUGUUUCCCAUGCUGAUCAUGUCGCCAGUAUUGUACUAGCUCCGUUUCCUUAUAAAAUAGUUUUUGUACCACGAUAAAACCGUAAUUACCGCAACGUAUGAAUAAGAUGACCGCAACAACACUGGAAGCAGUUUCGUGAACAAUCAAUGAUUUUUAUCGGAUUUUUUUUGCCCUCUUUGUAAUAGCGUUUGUUGUCACUACUUUCAGACAGGGAAGACCUGAGUUUGCUGUUUUGCUGACUUAUGUACAGUGCGGCGGAAAGACUUGAUUUCCAUUAUUUUUUAAACUGUUAGUUGAAAUGAUUAACCGUUCUUCGGUACAAUACUUCAAAAAAACGCAAAACAUUCACGCGAAAAAUGUUACUGUAAAAAUGUCAUUCUAA